UCACUGAAUUUUAGGUUAGGUUUUAAAUUGAAAAUCAUUAAUUCUACAAAGAAAGUUGUUCAUUGUUAGCUCUUAUUUACAUGUAUUUUUUUUUACUUAGUACCCAAUUGUUAAAUGUUGCGGAAAAGAAGGAAGCUUAAAAAUGGAAUUUCCAACACUUGGAGAGCACUGCCAAAACGAAGAAUGUAAACAAAAAGACUUUCUGCCUUUGCAAUGUAAAUGUGGAAAGGUGUACUGCCGAGAACAUUUUGGUGAACAUUGUACAUCAGGUCUUUGUGAAAUGGCUCCCAAACCUAAAGAUGUCAAUUUAAAAAGUGACGAUGAAAUAUUUCGAUGUUCAAGUAAAGGUUGUAAAAAGGGCAAUUUGCAUGAGAUGUUAUGCAGCAAAUGUAAUAAACAUUAUUGUAUCGAACAUAGGUUUCAUCCAUCAUGUCCUGAAAUAGAUGACGAAACAAUGGCAAUGAAAAUAGAACAGUACGAAGCACCAAGGAAGCAAUUUCACGAGGCUAACAAACACUUGCAACAAAAGAUAACAGAAAAUAUAAGAAAAGCAGUUCAAUCAUCGGCAAAAGUUAAAACCGCAACAAAAAUCCAUCUCAUGAGGAUCAAACAGAAAGCCUUAGGUCCUAAAACAAUCCCGGCUUCAGACAGAAUAUAUUUUGCAAUAAAGAAACCUGCCAAUUUAGAUAUGAAACCUGUAAAAAUAGUUACAGAUGUCAAUAAUGUUGAAUUAAUUGAGACUUUAACAUUGGACCCUGAUUUAAAAGAUACUGUCCCUUUAUUUAUUAGUUCAAAAUGGUCUCUGGGUAGAGUAUUGGAUAGUAUUUGUGAUACUUGUAACAUUAAAAAUGAUAACAAUAAAUUAGGGGAUGCAAAACUAAGGAUUUUCAGACAAUUGGAUGGAUAUUGUAUCAGUCCAUUAAAAAUGGAUGUAGAAAUGAAUGAUUUAAUCAGUAAAGAAAUUUUAUUAGAAGGUGACAAAUUAGUUGUGGAGUAUAUCAGUAAUAGUGUAUUGAAUGAUUUGGAUGAAAAUUCACAUAUAUUUCUUUUAAGUUGAUAUUUCCAAGAUAAUUUUUUGGACAUUGAUGUUUUAGUAAUA